AAAUCGAGCAUGUCAUCCGGAGAUAAGCCAGUUGAAAAACGACGCAAGGAGUCUAUCAUUGAUCUAAGCAAAUACUUGGACAAAAGAAUUCGUGUGAAAUUUUCCGGCGGACGCGAAGCCACAGGGAUACUAAAAGGUUGUGACAAUCUCCAGAACAUGGUCUUAGACUGUACCACUGAGUACCUCCGCGAUCCGGACGAUCCACACCGGUUGACCGAAGACACCCGAGAACUGGGUCUGGUCGUUUGCAGAGGUCCAUCUGUCGAAUUGGUCUGUCCCGCCGAUGGUAUGGAAGCUAUUGCCAACCCCUUUGUUGCGCAAGAAUAA